AUGGAGGAAAAGAAGAAGAGCAGAGUUUUGAUAAUCGGAGCAACCGGACGAUUAGGGAACUAUUUGACCCGUUUCAGCAUCCAAUCGGGUCACCCAACUUUCGCACUCAUCAGAAACUCCACUUUCUCCGAUCACUCCAAGUCCGUUACACUGAAAUCUCUCUCCGACUCCGGCGUCUCUCUCCUCAAAGGUUCUUUGGAAGAUGAAGGAAGCUUAAUCGAAGCAGUGAGGAAAGUAGAUGUAGUGAUCUCUGCGAUUCCAUCAAAACAUGUUCUUGAACAGAAACUCCUCAUCAAAGUCAUCAAACAAGUUGGUUCCAUUAAGAGGUUUAUUCCUGGUGAAUAUGGAGCAGAUCCGGAUAAAACACAAGUCUCGGAUCUCGAUCACGGAUUCUAUUCGAAGAAAUCCGAGCUUAGGCGUAUGAUAGAAUCCGAAGGGAUUCCGCAUACAUACAUUUCCUGUGGAUUGUACAUGAGAAUUCUACUUCCAUCGCUCGUGCAGCCGGGGCGUCAUUCGCCUCCAAUCGAUAAAGUCACGGUUUUUGGAGAUGGAAACGUCAAAGCUGUUUUCGUGAAUGACGCUGAUGCUGCAGCAUUUACCAUCAAGACGAUAGAUGAUCCUCGAACACUCAAUAAGACCUUGUACCUUAGACCGCCUGGAAACGUAUGCUCGAUGAAUGAUCUUGUUGAGCUUUGGGAAGGCAAGAUUAAGAAGAAGAAGCUUGAGAAAACUUUUGUUACAGAAAAUCAACUUCUCAAGAAGAUCAAAGAAACUCCUUACCCGGAUAACAUGGAAAUGGUCUUCAUAUACUCUGUCUUUAUCAAAGGAGAUCACACAUACUUUGACAUCGAGUCUUCGGGUGGAGUGAAUGGUACUGAGCUUUACCCUGAUGUCAACUACAUGACCGUUAGCGAGUUUCUUGAUACUCUUCUCUAG